GUGCGGAAGUGAUUUGGUGUUGACAACAUACCUUUGAUAUUUGAUGGAUUUCGUUCACAACUUUUAAAUUUGGAGCCUAACAUGUGAGAUGUGAUCGAUAAAACCAUUAUGGUUAUAUCUCCUCCUACAUUUGUACUGCUUGGCAGCUAAUGACAGUAUUAUAAUAUUAAAACCUGUGAUACUAAGAUGCUGUGAAGAAACAUAGACCAUUAUGAAUACCGGAAACAUAUCAGUUGAUUCUAUGCUUGAUGUCAGCACAACAACGGAAAUAUUUUGUGAUUUAGGCAGUAUCAUAAUAGAUAAUUGCACAUGUAAUGGAAGCAUACAAAACAAUACUUGCACUAAUGUGACAGCUUCUAUAGGAUAUUCACCUCCAAAUCCACUAUGGCUUACGGUUCUACUUGGUUUAAUGGCGUCCAUCGUCAUACUAGUGACUAUUUGCGGGAAUAUACUUGUGUUGUUAUCGUUUGCUCUAGAACGAAAUAUACGACAACCAACGAAUUAUUUUAUAGCAUCAUUAGCAGUUUCAGAUCUUUUGAUAGGCACAUUUUCUAUGCCUUGUUUCACGUUAUAUUUGUUACUUGGUUAUUGGCCUCUAGGCGAAAUGUUAUGUGAUUUGUGGCUAUCUUUAGACUGGACGGUAUGUCUAGCUUCACAAUACACUGUUUUCUUCAUUACUGUAGAUAGAUUCUUUUCUGUUAAAAUACCAGCAAAAUAUAGAAACUGGCGAACUGAAAGGAGAGUAGUUAUAAUGGUUGCCUUCACCUGGAUAAUUCCUUCAGCGGUGUUUUUCAUUUCUAUAAUAGGAUGGCAGUACUUUGUUGGAAAGCGGACGGUUCCUGAAGGGACAUGUGAAGUUCAGUUUAUGGGUGAUCCUUUAUUUACUUUUCUCCUAACAAUUGGAUAUUAUUGGACAACACUAGCUGUAAUGAUUGGAUUGUAUGGUGGAAUAUACAGAGUUGCAUUAUCUCUUCAGAAAAAAUCAGAAGCAAAGCAUAAACGACUGAACACUGCCAUGGGACUAUCAAAAGGUAAAAACAAAUCUAAAAAGAACAAUAAGAGUGUCAAAUCACCUGUAAUUGAUGACACUGUGGUUCAAAACAAUACACAGAACCAAAAACAUAUAGACACAACAAGUUUUACCAAGCAUGCAGAGGAAGACAGGUCUAGUUCGCCAGCAUUUGCUUCAGACGACGAAAAUAGUGAUAGUCAUGAAGCUUGUGGAAAUGGAAAAUCUAAUAACAAAUCGAAACAUAGAAAUGACGAAAUAGACGAUGAACAAACGUGUUUUGUUAAUAGUGCUGUUCAAACGGACACAACAUAUCGACCAUCAUUAAAAGGCAUGUUAGGUCAGUCAUUUAAUCAUGUUUCUAAAAUCGCUCUGUCAAUAACUGCACCAACGUCUUCUGACGAUGACAAAGAAAAAAGUGACAAUGUAGAGAGGCAAUCGGAGGAAAUUAACAAUUAUCAUAAUAAUGUGUUACACAUUGAAAACACUCCAAAAUCAACAGACGCUUUACUUGAAAAUGAUAUACUACAAGGAUGUAAGUAUAUUGACGAGGAAAGCUUGAAAUCAUUGGCCUCUGCUGAAAAUAUUAGGCUCUUGUCAGAGCCAAUCAUUGAAUACGCUUCAUCUACUGAUGAUGGUGGUAAUUCCCCAGUGUGGAAAAAGAGAAAGGAUAAAUAUCUGCCUAUACCGAUACCCGAGGAGUUUUCUACAAGUGUAUCAAUAAUAGAUAGUGGUGUAGAUAUGCAUGAUGAACAUGAUCAAACUGGUACAAAUACUAAUACAACCGUGAGUACGUUACCCGCUAACGGUAAAUCAUGGAACAAUGCUGUUAGUCUAGUUAAACAGCGAAACUCGGUACAAAAACUAAGUACUGUGGAAACAGAAGAUAAACCUCAUAAGUUUGGAAGUCCUUUCCAUGCCCUUGUUAAAUCAAUUAGGGCAAAACAGAAGCAAAGAGAGCGCGAAAAACAAAAAACCGAAAGUAGAAAAUCUAAAUCGGAAAAUCGUGCAAGGAAGGCAUUGAGGACAAUUAGUUUUAUUUUAGGUGCUUAUGUUCUUUGUUGGACACCAUACCACGUAAUGGUAUUCAUCAUCGGUGUUUGUGGAGCUUUUAGUUGUGUUAAUGCUACACUUUAUAAUAUUUGUUAUUGGCUAUGCUAUUUGAAUAGUCCUGUGAAUCCUUUCUGUUAUGCUUUUGCCAACCAACAAUUUAAAAGAACUUUCUUGCGCUUGUUGAGACUUGACUUCCAUAAAACAUAACAUAUAUUUGUAAAAUUAAACAAUUACUCAAAAAUGAAGCAGUUUCUUUAGGAAACUAUGCGUGACAAUAUUUAGAUAAAUGGUAUAAUGUAAAAAGUAAUAUUUAAGGGAGCAAAAUUAAAAACAGGUUUCAUCUUUUGAUUUACUUUACCGUCCAUAUGCUUUUAGGUUUAGAUAUUGCAGAAAUUCAUCAUGUUAAUCAAAUUGAAUGCUGUAAUGUUGUCACUCCGAUACAUAUAUUUGUUCUGUGCUCUGUUAUACCUACUUUAUAAUCAGGCUGGUACCGUUCAGAUGCUGUAAUGAGUAUUAGUAUUCUAAAGAAUAAGUGUGUAAUCUGUCAAAAAUCAAUAAACAGAAGAAUAUCACUGCCAAUUUUACAUUACAAGUUUGUUUAUCAUGAAACUGAGUAUAAUAUGCAGGGAAAUACAUAUAUAUACUAUAAUAAUUUCAUAAUAAAUCUAGAAAAAUACAUAUGUAAACUAAUUCAUAAUAUAUCUAGUUACUGUGUUACACAAAAUUCACUUAAACCAACGAGAAGGUUAAUAAAUCAUGACUUUACAUUCGCUAUAAGUGUUUUUCGACAACGUUGACAGUUUUCAUGAGUCGGUUUGUCUGGGCUAAAUUAUAUUAUAACCGAUGAAAAUGAGAUAAUUCUUCUUAGAAAAAAUAAUUGUAUUAUAAAUGAUGACAAAAUUGAGAUCAUAUUAUAUAAUAACUGAUAAAGAAUUUCUUUUCUUUUAACUAAUGGAAAGGGUUAAUUUUACUGUAACCGGUAAAGAUGUUUUAGCUUCAUUUUAACAGAUGAAAAAUGAACAAGGAUAUUUGAUUAUAAACAAUGAGCAAAGAAUUUCUUUAGGUUUAAAAUAAUAAUGAAGCAGUCGAGGUUAUAUUAGUAUAUGAAAACCGUGGUUUUCAGUCUAGAAAACAUUUAUUUUAUUCUUUGCCAUUUUUAUUUUAUAUGUAACGGUUCAACAAUUUAUACUACAUGUGUAUGAAAUAUAAUGUGUUUUUUUUUUUUGUCAAACGUAUGUUUCAACCAUCUGGAAACUGUACAAUAUUCAAUAAUUAUGUAUACAUAUGUGUUCAACAUUGGUGACUUAUAAACAUUGUAAAAUAUGACUUCCCUUUUUUAGACAAGGUUUCAUUUGGAUGAAAUGGUAUUUCAUUAAUACUGAUUCAAAGGUGCUUGAUGCAAAUAUCGUCACAUUUUUUCAAUUUGCUUUUUGAAACUUACAUUGUCCCCCUCCUUUUCAGCUAUGCCUAAUGAACAAAAACAUUGUUUCUAUACUGUUAAAAUAAAUCUACUAAACAAUCAUAUAUCAUUGUUUGGUAGAAUCAUUAUAAAAAUUUGAGAAAGUUUCUUUUGGUUGUUGAUCAUGUUGAUAGAGAAUCUUUCUUAAUACCAAUUCAAUCAGCCGUUAGCUAUAUGUGAUUUAUGAUUACCUGACAUUGAAAAACCUUCAACAAAAGAUCUUUUAGACAACAAGGGAUAUUAAUAAGCACAGCCUUAAACAAACAUUAAAUAUUUAUAGUGACUCGAUGACCCAUUUUGACUUCUUUCAAGGGACACAGAAGGGUGAUGCGAAAUGUACAAAAACAAAGUGCGCCUAGUAUAUAGGGAUACUUUUGAAAAUAAACAUAAUGCCAAACUGUUUGUCAUUACAAUUUUCGCCAGCGUGUAGAUAAUCACAAAACACAUUUCUUUUGUAAACAUUUUGAUACGCAUAUUUUGCAGUAUGUAACAAACAGUCCCGAUCUUGUACAAGCCUCUUUUUUUAUAUUCCCCGCCAUUUCAUGUUUUUAUGACAUGUAAAUGGACGAUUAAGAAAAGUAUAGAAAUAUUUUGCACCCAUUUGCAAAUAAGAAAUAUUACAAACACAUUUAAAGAAAAGAAGGUUCAUGGCACCUUAGUGUGGUCACAUUAAAUUAACCAUUCAUACCUUUAAGUAUUAUAGCGUCAAAUGCGAAACGAAAAGCUAACAUCGGCACACAAACGACCAACAAAGCAAUUGAAACGCAUUGCAAUUAUUUCAGUUUGUCAAAGUGACAUUGCUCGAUAUUUCGUUAAUUAACAUUUAUAUUAAUGAAAAAGUAUAGUGUCCUCAUUUACAGAGGUAAGAAAUUAAACUUCCUGGCCUCAAACUCACAAACUGAACACUUUCAUGGGACUUAAAACUUUGCCUACUGUAUUCCUGUCGUCCUUCCCUAUGUCUACUUAUAGUCUUGUGAAUAUCUUGUAAACACAAGUUUCUAAGUUAAUGGCUAAUUUUUAAAUUGUGAAAAUUCUUAAACUAGGUUUAAUUAAUUGAUUUGAUUAAGAAUCGGUUUAAUGUUUGAUAUUUCAGAUUGUCAAUUUGUUUGAUUUUCAUUAAACACAUUUUUUUUUAGAUAUAUCCUUAUAAAACACAUAUGUGUGUUAAAAAUUCAACUAAGUUUUUUGCUCUCAUUCGUCUUUAUUUUUAAUUUUUAUAAUGUA